UGGCUGGUGGGGGUGAUGAGAGAGAGAGAGAGAAUCUAAGAAACAAGACACAGAAAGAAAGAAAGCGAAAAUAGUGAAUCAACAACUGGGAAAAGGAAAGAGAGAGAAAAUUAAUUAAUUAAUUAACCAAAAGGGACAAAGACACAGAAAUUAAACCUUAGAGAAACGAGAAAGGAAGCCCCAUGAUGAAGCAGAUGGUCGAAGAGAGGGUCCUCUGAGAUCAUCCUUAAAAAGGCAGCAAUAGAGAUUAAAAAAAAAAACAUUCUUAAAAAAAAGAUUUAAUAAAAACAAUAGAGAUUUAAAUUUUAUUAAUUACAUUCAACUUUUGCUGCCUUUUUUUUUUGUCUUUGUCUCAAUUUGCCAUCACCUUUCAUCCCCCUUCCACCCAGCAUUCCAUUUCCUUGCCAAGUUGCUAUAAUUUGUUCACUUUUGACCCUUCUACGCGCUACACAUAUUGCUGAGGAUAAUUGAGAGGAAGAUAUAUUGAGUAGAGGCUACAAGGUUAUGUCUUUGUUGAAUAUAUUGUAACAAAGAGAUAACAUUGUAAAAAUGAGGGAUCCUGAUAUGAUCAACUUUGGACCUCAAGAGCUUUGAUAAUUUUCUAUGCUUAAUUGUAAUAUAAUUUAAGUUUUUCCUAUAGUUAGUGAAUUUCUUCAGCUUCAUCUAAAUAGAUAUACUGUGCCUCAUUCGCGCUGGCAUUGGCUUCAUCAAGAAAUGGGAAUGAGAUAUAACACAUUUGGAUUUUGGUUUAUAAUUUAUAAUAUUUGCUUCAUUUCUCUUUUGGGAAUCCAUCAGUGUUGGUCGCUUAAUGAUGAAGGAUUGGCUUUGUUGGAGUUUAGGGCAAGAAUAACAUGUGAUCCUCGUGUUGCUUUGGAAAAUUGGAAUCCAAAUGAUUGUGACCCCUGCAAGUGGUUUGGGGUGCACUGUAUCGAUGGUAGAGUGCAGAUGCUGGACCUAAAUGGGCUAUCUUUAGAAGGGACAUUGGCUCCUGAGCUUGGGAAACUUAGUCACUUAAAAUAUCUUGUGUUAUGGAAUAACAAUUUUUCCGGUGCCAUUCCUAAAGAACUUGGAGAUCUAGCUGAGCUAGAGUUAUUGGAUUUAAGAGAGAAUAACUUGUCAGGAAGCAUUCCAGCAGAGAUUAGUAGAAUGUUAUCACUAAAACACUUGUUGCUUUGUGACAACAAAAUAGAAGAGAGUGAUUCUCAAGAUCAAGAAAAAUUCAGAUUUCCCUCUAAAUCACUACUUGUUGAUCAUUGUUCAUCACCUCUCACUACAUUAUUUUCCUGCAUCAAUAGAAAGUUUGGUCACGGUGUGUGGCAUAGCAACUUCAAGCAAUGGAACAAACCAGAUUCACUGAUUAUUCCAAUUAAAGUAGCACUUCUGAAAUGCCUCAAUGCCUUUUCACUGCCACUGUUCAAACAAGGCCAUGAAGAAAAAUUUGGCGACCUUCAACCUCGUGCUAAUGAGGCAGAGAUUACCAUGAAUGUGCCGAGCCUUAUCAAUUACGCACGUCGAAGGUUACUCGGUGAAUCGAGUAACCUUGCAGCUGAACCUUAUAGUGGUGGACCUAUAACAGAUUUCAGUUAUGAUCCAAUUAUCAUUAGUAGUGGAUCUAUUCCAGCUGUUCCAGAUGUAGAUAAGAAACAAAAUCAGUCACACUCACCUUUGCCUUCUCCUUCUGAUUCUGCUUUUGAUGGAAACCAAACAAAUCAACAACAUUCAGCUAAUGGUGGUUCUGGAAAGUUGUGGAAAUAUAUAAUAAUUAUCAUAGUUGUGGCUGUUUUGCUCAUUGUCGUCGUAGUUCUUUCCAUUUGGAGAAAAAGAGCAGCUAAAAUAAUUAAACCUUGGAAAACUGGUAUAAGUGGACAGUUGCAAAGAGCUUUUAUAACAGGGGUUCCUAAGUUGAAUAGAGGAGAACUAGAGACAGCAUGUGAGGAUUUCAGCAAUAUUGUUAUUAGAUUUGAAGGAUGCACUGUCUACAAAGGAACACUGUCUAGUGGAGUCGAAAUCGCGGUUGUUUCUACUCUUAUUGAUUCCUCUCAAGAAUGGUCUAAGAGCAUGGAAUUGAACUACAGGAAAAAGAUUGCGACAUUGUCCCGCAUAAACCAUAAGAACUUUGUUAAUCUUAUUGGAUACUGUGAGGAAGAAGAACCAUUCACAAGGAUGUUAAUAUUUGAAUAUGCUCCAAAUGGAAUCCUAUUUGAGCACAUACAUGUUAGAGAAGUUGAACGUCUUGAUUGGAGAGAAAGGGUGAGGAUUAUAAUGGGAAUUGCAUAUUGUCUUCAGUACAUGCACCAUGAUCUAAAUCCACCAGUAGCUCAUAGCAAAGUUGCUUCAAAUAUGAUCAUGUUGACUGAUGAUUAUGCUGCCAAGCUUGCGGAGGUCACUUUUAGAAAUAUUGAAGCACCAUCUAGGACAUCUAGAGGGGAUUCAAAGAAAUCAGAUUUGCGCCGUGCUGAUCUUGAUGACAAUGUCUUUGACUUUGGAAUAUUGCUGCUAGAAAUCAUUUCUGGUAAAUUGCCUCAAUCGGAAGAACAGUGCAAUCUUGUCAACUGGGCUACUGAGUGCUUAAACGACAAGAGAAGCAUCAGCUAUAUGAUUGAUCCAAAUCUGCAGUCUUUCAAGGACAAUGAACUUGAUGUAAUUUGUGAAGUAAUUCAAGAUUGUAUACAACCUGAUUCAAAGUUAAGGCCUACAAUGAGAGAUAUAACUUCAAAAUUGAAGGAAGUUCUUAGUGUGACACCUGAGCAAGCUGUUCCAAGACUUUCUCCACUAUGGUGGGCUGAAUUGGAGAUAUUAUCAGUGGAGACUACUUAACAAGUUUCAAUCUCACUCUCUUCUCUGUGUUUUGAAAAUCAACAAAGACUCUCUCUAUCCUCUGCCAAGCUACUAGAGUGGUAUAUAUUGAUAUUUGCUGCUAAAAACCAUUUUCUUCCUUCAAUCUCAAUAUUGUUCGUUUGUAAAAAGUCUUCAUCAUUAUUAAUACCUUAAUUAGCUAUAAAUUAAUGUCCAAAUGAAAAGUGUGUUGUGUUGUUUUGCAAGAUCCUUGAUGUAAAUUAAUUGUAUUUUUGUUGAUGAAGUUUGGGAUGUAAAAAUUAUGACUUAAUGAACAUGCAACUUUUAUACA